UCAAACAGGAGCACGUUACUUGUCUUUGACUUUAACCUCAGCACAGCCAUGAGACUCAGAGAGGAGGAGCGUGUUGGAUAGAGGGUCUGCUUCGUGCAGACGCCUCCCUCCUGGAGGAGGGCGCUCUCUGCCCAGUCCCUCCAGCUCCAGCCUGCUUUUAGGGUGACCGAGCCGUGUGGGUCCAAGCUGCGGGGACGAGUCCCGUGUUCCCGGUCAAAGCCCUCCCGACCCAUCAGCAUCAGCCCUCGGGGUACCCAUCAUCAGACAUGGACUUCUCCAUCAGAGCCGCGAACGUGGAGGACUGCAAGGACAUCGCGCGGAUGAUCAGGGAACUGGCAGAGUACGAGAAGGUGGCUGACCAUGUUCGAGUUACACAGAGAGACUUGGAGCAAGACGGCUUUUCCAAGAACCCGUUCUUUCACGGGAUCGUCGCGGAGGUGCCGGAACAGCACAGAACCAAAGAAGGCCACACGAAGAUUGGCUAUGCACUUUACUUCUAUUCCUAUAGCUCCUGGACGGGCAGAGCCAUUUACAUGGAGGACUUGUAUGUGAUGCCAGAAUUUCGAGGGACGGGCAUCGGCAAAGCACUUAUGAGCAAGGUAGCACAGCUCGGACUGGCAGCUGGAUGCAACCAGCUCAACUUUACGGUUCUGGACUGGAACAAGUCAUCUCUGGACUUUUACCUCAGCCAAGGCUGCUUCGACAUCACAGAUAAAAUGGGCUACCACUGCAUGCGCUGUGAGGGCGAGGCCCUGGAGCACCUGGCACAACCUUAAUCCAAAUCUCUGACUUUUAAAACGUAGGUCAGUCAAACCUUUAGCACCUUUUUAGUUUAUGAUUACCUUAUCCACUGGGCCUUAAAGCCAUCUUAAAAUGCACGUCAGAUCUGCAGAAAGGAUUAUGCAAAAAGUCUCCAGACGGGAAUCUUAUUUUGUAUCGAGGAUAAUAAAAUCAGGAUAGCGUAUAUUUUAAUAUUUUUUUAAGGAUGUUUUUAGUAGGAAAUCUGUUUUUAUCCUGGUUUAUCUUAUGACCUCUUAACACAAAAUCCUAAAUCACUAUAAUGGGUUCGGCGUAAAACCCAUUCUACUCAGAAGUGUGGUUGAAAGGUUGUAUGCACAAAAAUCCAGAUCUCUAGAUGCAGGAAAAACACGUUUCCUCGUCUGUGAGUACAGUGACGGGGAAAAACCUUUGUACCCUCUUGUUGCUUCCAAAGGAUGCAAAUGGAUUAGUAACAACCGGGUACUGCUAAUUACAUAUCCAUGCUUAAAGUUCAAGCACCUGUGUGACCACCAGUUUGUUUCUGUGGAGCACGCUGCUGCUUGAAAACACAAUGCCAAGAAAGGGAAAGGCAUCAGCAAUGGCAGAAGAGAAGAAAUUGCCACAGUCCAUCAAUCUGGGAAGGACCUCAAACAAUCUGAUCUCUGUCAAUGUUAUCCAAGGUGAAAGCUUACUCCUAAAUUCCAGGAAUGGUCCCACGAUUUAGUAUCCUGCUAAAUUCACUGGACCGUCAGAGUCUACGGGCCUCAGUUAGUGUGGUAAAUGUCAAAGCUUAUGACAUAACAGAGAAAGACUGGAGAAAUGUGCUUUGUUAAUAGGAGAAAACAUUUCUCUUAAAAGAAUAUGGCAGCACAACUUGGGUUUUGGAAGUCACGUGUAAAUGAACCAUAAUAUUCCUGGAAUUGUGUCGUCCUUCUGUAGAGCGGUUUUUUUAUCAACCCUGGUCCUCAAGGCACGCUUCCCUGCAUGUUUUACAUGUUUCCCUGGGUCAACACGGCUGAUCAACGGGUUUUUGCUGAACUGCAGGCAUCUGAACGAGGUGUGUUUUAAAGCAGGGAAACAACCAAAACAUGCAGGGCCGUGUAACUCGAGGAGCACGGUGGAAAAACACAGAUGUGGAGAUGUUUGGCAAAAAAAAUAAAUAAAAAUGAUUGAAGGCAUCUGCACAAACACUAAGUACCAGCUCUCAGGCAUGGUGG